UGGAAUAUGCCACGUCGCUUACUGCUUAUUCAAUGUAUGAACUCUCAAGUCAUGGCGGUUAAUAAUUUUCAGCAGUUCUUCUUUUGGAUUCUUUACCAAAGUUGCUGCCUUUCUUUUUUCAGCUUUUGGGAGUAGAUUGAGGAGGCCUUCCUUUCCCGGUCUGAUCAUCUGGGUAUUUCUUAAAUUUGUUCUAUUUCUGUUUGCAUUUGAUUUAUUCUUUUCCCUAAUAUUAUCUCUGCUGAGGUUUUGAAUUCCAUGGGUGUAAAAAAAAUAGUGAAGUUUAAGUUAAGAAAUGGUUGAGAUGUAGUGGGUUGAGGUAUAAAGAUGCAAAGUUGAUGAAUUGGGGAAUUGGGGUUGUGAUAUUUUGAUGAUAUAUUGAGAUUGUGUGACCUGGGAGAUUGGGGAAGAUGAAUGCUGUAGGAAGAUUAGGCAGCUAUAUUUCUAGAGGCGUAUAUAGUGUUUCGACACCUUUCCACCCGUUUGGUGGCGCUGUAGAUAUCAUUGUGGUGGAGCAGCCAGAUGGGAGCUUCAAGUCCUCUCCUUGGUAUGUUAGGUUUGGGAAAUUUCAGGGGGUUAUGAAGACGAAAGAGAAAGAAGUUAAUAUAUGUGUCAAUGGUGUGGAAAUGGAUUUCCAUAUGUAUUUGGGGAACGAUGGUCAAGCUUGGUUUCUAAAUGAGGUGGAUGUUGAAGAGGGGGAUAAUCAAUCUUCUCCUCCAUCUUCAGGUGAGGAUACAGAUGGCCAGUCCAAUUGCAGGCAGCCGAUGAAGUCAAAAAGUUGCAGUUUUGAAUCUUUCGAUGGUGUUGAAUCUGUUUCAGCUGCCAAGGCCGACGUGGGCGAUGGGAGUGUUGUGGUUAGGAAAAAUUCGCGGCGAUCAGGGAUUUUGGGGUAUGUUUUUGGCAAGAGAUCGAUCAAAGAAAGGGAUACGAGCAUUGUUAGGGUGGAUUCUUUGGAACGUGCUGAAAUUGCAGCUGAUCUUUUGGAGGUUAAAUGGUCUACCAAUCUUCGCUCUCCCAGGCGUCAAGUGUUAAAAAUUUCUUCUCAAGAUGUAUCGAACAAGAGUAAUGCAAAACAGAACUUGCCAAUUGAUGAUAAAGUAGAUUGUACAACGGAUUAUUUGGAUAGUGGGAAAGAAAAUGGCUCAGUUGAUCACGAAAAUGGUAGUGAGAAACAAAGGAAGGUCGUUGAAGAAACGGGUAUUUACUUAUCCUCUUCUGUAUCAGAGUGUGUUACUGCAGGUGACAUUAUUGGGGAUAAGAAUUCUGUAAUUAAUUCAAAUAGAAUCAUGGAUGGCUUAGUCACCGAAACACAUUCUCAACAAAUCUAUCUCCAUCCUUUAGAUAGUUCUUCUGAGGAAAUAGAACCACAUAGUAGUAGUACUGUAUCGAGUUCGAACACCUCAAAUUCCGAAGCAUUAGUUGAGAAAAUAAUCAUAGAGCAUAAAAGUAGUGAGCUUCUACAUCCUUGUGAACCGGAUGGGGGAAGUGUCUCACAUAGUACAUCAACAUCAGAGAUCUUGGAGGUGGAGCAGCUCAUCUUUGGUGAACUUGAUGAUUUAAAUUCCAGCAACAUCAAACAUACCGUUCUUGCCGCUUCAGAUUCGAAAGAGAAAGAAGUGAUUGAAUCUUUUAUUCCAAGCAAUGGGUUCAUUUCUUCUUCUGACAAAUAUGUCCAAGGAAACCCACCAUUUGUUGCCGAUCGAAUCAAGUUGAAAUCUGUAGCAAGCGAUGUUUGUAUUUCAGCCACUUCUAGAGCUCAACCUGAUGAAGUUCCAAGGUUGGCCAAAUCUUUACCAAUUAUGUGGUCUCAUGAUAGUAUUGUGCCCGGUGGACAGAAUGAUCAGCAUCCAACCAAGAUAUCACAGGGAUGUGAAGACGAUAGGGUCAUACAGGAGCUGAAUGCUAAGCCUGUUGAGGCAGAAACCGGGAAGAAGUCUCCUCCAACGGAUGCCAAUGGUGGAAUCCAUAGAACUUGGUCUUUUCCUAUCAAGAGAUCAAGAAGCACGAAUCUGUCCCAGCAUUCACUGAAUGACGAUAGAAAUACAGAAGCCAAAACCCCUCUAAAAGUCUCCAGUGACAGCAUGGAAGAAGAUGUGUGUAAAGCUAAAGUCACUAAGAAGAAAGUAAGGGCACUCACUCCAACUUCUGAACAACUAGCAUCUUUGAAUCUGAAAGAGGGGAAGAAUGUAGUGAUAUUCACAUUCUCGACUCCUAUGCUCGGGAAGCAGCAGGUUGAUGCACAAAUUUAUUUGUGGAAAUGGGACACGCGCAUUGUGAUAUCUGAUGUGGAUGGGACAAUUACCAGAUCUGAUGUUCUAGGACAAUUCAUGCCUUUGGUCGGGGUAGAUUGGUCACAGACGGGUGUCGCACAUCUCUUUUCAGCUAUUAAGGAGAAUGGGUUCCAAUUGCUUUUCCUAAGUGCUCGUGCAAUUUCUCAGGCCUAUGUAACAAGACAAUUCCUAAUUAAUCUUAUGCAGGAUGGAAAGGGAUUGCCAGAAGGGCCUGUUAUCAUAUCCCCUGAUGGACUUUUUCCUUCUUUAUACCGAGAAGUGGUACGAAGAGUCCCACAUGAAUUCAAAAUCGCCUGCUUGGAGGAUAUCAAAGCAUUGUUUCCUGUAGAUAGAAACCCAUUUUAUGCCGGUUUUGGGAACAGAAACAGCGAUGAGAUUAGCUAUCUCAAGGUUGGAAUCCCAAAGGGAAAGAUUUUCAUUAUAAACCCAAAGGGUGAAAUUAUUGUGAAUCGGCAUAUUACCAACACAAAAUCAUAUACUUCCCUUCGUGCUCUCGUGAAUGGCAUGUUUCCCGUUCUUUCCUCCUCCGAGCAGGAGGAUUUCAAUUCGUGGAAUUUCUGGAAACUUCCUCCCCCGGCUCUCCAUGGACGUUAAGCGAGUGGCUCGAGUUUCAACGCUCUUGGAAAUCAAGGCGGUCGCCCUACUAGGCGGGGAAUACAGUGGACUAGAAAUCUAGCCAAGGAAGGUACAGAGUGGAUUAAGUUGCCGGACAUUCUGAAUGAAAGGUAUUGGGAUAACGGGAAUUAUGUUUUAGAAAUGCCGUUUUCCUUUUAUUUGCCCCGGAAAAAAGGCCGGUAUUGCAUAUUCAGUAUUACACGAAAACUUGUAAAAAGGGUCUCAUAUAAGACCAACUGUAUAUAUUAUAGUGACUUUUUUUCCUUUUACUUUUUGUGGGAUAGUUUGUUAA